AUGCAUCUGGUAAGCGUGUGUUUUAUAACAAUAACAUACGGGGAUAACGAGCAGUUGAUGGUCAACCCGAACUGCCGUCAGCUGACCUUCAUGGGCUACCUGCGGGAGAAGUGCCAGUACGACAAGAACGCGUUUAUCGACCUGAUCGAGGAGGAGACGGGGCGCCUGGCGGAGCUGCACAUGGUACCAAGGGAAGAGACGGUCCGGCCGCUCCUGGAAGACCGCAUGGUCUUCAUUCCCGUCAUGCUCGAGAAGAACCAGGAAGAAUCGCUGGGUCAGUACAAGACGGUGAAGCCGCUACUCACGGACUGGGAGAAAAGAUUCCCGGAGCUGGAGAAGAAGAUCAAGAUCCUGACUGGGGAACUGAAGAGGAGCCCACUAAGAGUACUGGAGCCACGGGGAGGGCGCCCCGUCGACCGGAAGGCCUCUAGCAGCAACGCAUCCGGUCGCUCAUCGUCUGUCCUGGGCCGCGCGCCAUCCGUCUCGCAGUCCGGGCGCAACUCUACCACCAGCAAGGCGUCUGCUAUCGGAAGGAAGUCCCUAAUGGGCAAUAAGGCGGACGCGUCAAAGAUGCUUUCCGCUAAAAACAAGAUCAAGAAAAGGUAGAUCUGGAGCAAAUCCCAAUGAUAACAUUUAAUAAAUUUAACUCUUUAUAUUUACUCUUUAUUUCUAUGCUUCCAUCAA